CUCCUACAUUGGUACGGCCCUUCCUGCGGGGCGGACUGCGCGUGCGCACAGAGAAGCGGCCGGGCUCGGCCCCUGCUGCGGCGAUGCCGGACGUGGUAAUCCUGGAAGCGAUGGAUAUACUCUUCAGAAUAAGAGGCGGCUUGGAUUUGGCAUUUCAGCUAGCGACUACCGAUGAAGCAUCAGCAAAAAGCACAUUAAAAUACGUCUUCAGUGAUCUUGCAAACAAGCUGUCCUCAGAUGUCCUUGUAUUAAGAAUCUGCCACAGUUCAGUCUAUGUGUGGCCCAACAAUGGGAUCAGCAGUGUUCCAGAGCUGACUGAUGAUUCUGCUUGUAAGGAGAUAAAACAAUUUAUACACUUUGAUCAAGAUGAUGAGACCCGACGAAAGCUUGGCAAAAAAAAGGAUAAAAAGCUACAAGACACGCAAGUAAUCAAUAUUGACCUCAUGUUAGAGAUGACGUCUUCAUUAGAUGCUUUGGCUCCAGUCAUCGAAAGAGAAAAUAAGGAGCACCACUACAUUAAUAUGACAUUGCCAGUUGAUGUUGUUGUAGCUGUUUCUCCAGAAGAAACGUGGGGAAAGGUGCAAAAUCUCCUGGUGAAAGCAAUUCACAAGCAAUUAACUGAUAUGGAAAGAUGCAUCAUGAAAUACAUGAAGGGAACAUCAAUUGUGGUACCAGAACAGUUUCAUUUCAUGUUACCAGGAAAAAAUCACCUUGUAACAAUUUCAUACCCUACAGGUAUUUCAGAUGAUCAACUGGAAAGUUACAGAAAGGAAUUGCAUGGGUUGUUCAACCUGCCAUGUGACAGACCGUAUUUCAAGAGAGCAAAUGCUUACCAUUUUCCAGAUGAACCAUAUAAAGAUGGCUAUCUCAGAAAUCCACAUGUACAUCUUAAUUCACCUGGUCCUGAGUCUGGUGUGGUUGCUUUAGUACAUGGCAUAUAUAGUUAUCACCACUAUAUGCAAGAUCGGAUUGAUGACAGCGGCUGGGGUUGCGCUUAUCGGUCUCUGCAGACCAUCUGUUCUUGGUUCAAGCAGCAAGGUUACACUGAUGCACCUAUACCAACACAUAAAGAAAUUCAACAGGCCCUGGUUGAUGCCGGAGACAAACCUGCAGCAUUUGUUGGGUCACGGCAAUGGAUUGGCUCAAUCGAGGUGCAGCUUGUCUUGAAUCAACUCUUUGGAAUAACAUCAAAAAUAUUAUUUGUCAGCCAGGGUUCGGAACUCGCUUUGCAGGGAAGAGAACUUGCUAAUCAUUUCAAGACUGAAGGAACUCCAGUUAUGAUCGGUGGAGGUGUUUUGGCUCACACAAUACUGGGAGUGGCAUGGAAUGAGACUACAGGGCACAUAAAAUAUCUGAUUCUGGACCCACAUUACACUGGAGGAGAAGACCUGCAUGUUAUUUUGGAAAAGGGCUGGUGUGGUUGGAAGGGCCCGGACUUCUGGAGCAAGGAUGCCUAUUAUAACCUGUGCCUACCUCAGCGACCAACAACUAUUUAAAUCCCAAUCUUAUGCAAGAACAUGCUUAGCCAGUGUACUAGCAGGCCUAGAAGUAACUGUCUUGUUAGCUAGCAGACUAAUAGAUAGACUGAUCAAAACCCGGUGGAAAUAGAAAUGAUACAUACCUGAUUUAAAUCAAGAUUUGUUGUUUGGUUUUUUUUUUAAUGAAAUCUCAAAGAAUAAGAGAGUUAUCUGCUGUGAACUGCAUUUUUUUUUAAUCAAUUAUUAACUAACUGCUACUCUUUCCUUCCUUUUGGCUAAGAUAACUUUGUUUAUAUAACAAUUUUAUUAUGCUUAAAAGCUCUAGAAGUUAAAUGUCUGAGCCUUUUAUUUAAUGAAAUUCUUUCCUGCUGAAAAUAAAAGGGACUCUUACCAUUCAG